AUGGAGGUCUUUGGGUUGAAGAGCCAGUCGCUGCGGUACAAAGUGGACGGCUUUGGCAGCGUCCAGAUGUACCUCACGCCGCCGCCUGAUUACUUUGGCUUUGCUCUCCCUCCCACACCGCAGCAGCAUCACCAUCUCACGCAAGCCACCACCGCCAUGUCCAGCAGCACAGCACAGCCCAAGACGACGCUCGUCGUCGGCGCCUCGCGGGGCAUCGGAAGGGAGCUCGCGCAGCAGCUUGCGCAGCAGCAGCAGCAGACGGGCGGUCAAGUGAUUGUCUCUGUGCGCAGCGGCGCCGACUUUGGCGGCAGCCCUAACAUGCGCUCCAUCACGCUGGACCAGUCGUCGGCCAAGUCGGUCAACGAGGCCGCCGGCAGCGUCACCGCGCUGGACACGCUCAUCGUCAACGCCGCCAUUGGGAACGACGAGCAGCUGCUGGACACGUCCGAGGAGCGCAUGGCCGAGUACAUGGACGUCAACGUCACGGGCGUGCUGCGCAUCGUCAAGGCCUUUCUGCCGGCGCUCAAGGCCCGCAAGACGAGGCAGAUUGUGCUCGUCUCGUCGACCUCGGGGUCCAUCACCCGCCAGGUCAACGCAAAGAGCGGCUUCAAGGGCCCGUACGCCGUGUCCAAGGCCGCCCUCAACAUGGUCGCCGUGCAGCUGCACAACGAGCUGCACGAGUCGGACGGCUUCACCGUGGUGCCCAUCCAUCCCGGCUGGGUCGAUACCGACAUGGGCCGCAUCGCGGGCGAUGGCGGCAUGCCCGUCGCCAAGAGCGCGGCUGGCAUUCUCAAAGUCGUUGAGAAGCUUACGCCGCAGAACUCGGCAACUUUUUAUAAUUAUGAUGGAACGACUUUGCCAUGGUAG